AUGGCGGAAAUAUAUUCAUUCGGGAACUUACCUAUUAUCGCACAUGCAUGGAAUAAAGAUCGAACGCAAAUCGCGGUUUCGUUAGGUAAAAACGAUAUUCGAAUUUAUCAUAAAAUAGCCGGCAAAUGGAUUUUGAAACAUACAUUGUGUGAACAUCUCUCGCGUGUAUUAGCUCUUGAUUGGGCACCGAAAACAAAUCAAAUUGUAUCAGCAAGUGCAGAUUACAAUGCAUAUGUAUGGACGUUCGAAAAUAACAUUUGGAAGCCACAAAUGGUGGAAUUGCAACGAACAAGUCGAGCUGUUUGUUGUGCGAAAUGGUCACCGGAUGAAAAUAAGUUUGCCAUUGGUUCAAGUGAUAAAAACAUUGCUGUUUGUUAUUAUGAGAAAGAUCAGCGAUUUUGGGCAGCUGAAAUGAUUAAAAAGAAACCGAAAUCGACGAUUACUUGCAUUGCAUGGCAUCCAAAUAAUCAGUUGCUUGCCAUUGGUAGUUGCGACUAUCGAUGCCGGAUUUAUUCAGCAUUUAUUAAAGCUGUAGAUGAUCAACCAAGAAUAUCGAACUGGGGGAAGAUUAGUAACACAGGAGAACUUUUACAUGAAUUUCAAUCGGAGUCGGGUUGGAUUCAUGAUGUCGCUUUCUCACCAUUAGGUGAUCAUCUUGCGUGGGUAUCACAUAACUCAAUUAUCUUCGCUGUUUCUGCUGAUAAUCCAUCACGAAUUACCAUGGAAGUAACAAACUAUUUACCGUUUCGUUGUAUCAUUUUCAUGAAUGAAUCGACCUUGAUUGUCGGAGGACAUGAAUUCUGUCCGUUGAUAUAUCAUUACGAUAGUCAAAGGAAUACAAUUGAAUGUGUAGAAAAACUCGAUCGACAAGAGAUCACCGCUGGUCGGCAAUCAAUUGGUCGUCUUUUCGAUCAACCUGCUAUGCAAACACAAACGCCUGAACCGAUUUCUACUCAUCAAAGCAUGAUAACUCAGAUAAUACCUUAUCAGAAGGAGAAUAACACUCUAGUCAAGAUUAGUUCUGCUGAUCUAUUCGGUCAAAUAGUAAUUUGGAAUUUGAAUGAUGCACGAAGUCAUCAAACUUCCUCAGUGAUCAAUCAUAUACAAAACAAAUUUCAUUUAAAUGAUGGAUCGUCUUAUAUGAAUGGACACAUAAGGAAUUGA